AUGCCAGUAGAAGAAAAGGGUGGAGACAAAGAAACAAAGAAACAGAAACAAGGGGUGAUGAAAUCUCGCCAGAUAUCUCUAUGCAUAUGUAGUAGUUGCAUUGAGCCUAAAAACUGCAAAUCAUUGGAACAGAUGACAAGAAUCGCAUAUCAGAUAGCUAAAGCUGCGUGUACAUUUAAUGUAAAUGAAAUAAUUGUUCUUCAGAAACCACAUGGAGAAAAUAAUGAGCCAGAAAAGACGGAGACCAAUAAGAAAAUAGAUUUGAAUGGAGCUAAACAAACACAGCAGAGAAAGAUGGAUUCGGAUACGAUGUUGCUUGCGGGAAUGCUUCAGUUCUUUGUGACACCACCAUACCUCGUGGAAUCAGUUUUUGGAAAUAGUCCAAUAGAUUUAAAGAAAUUUAAUUAUGCAAAGAAGCUGCCUACAAUACCGAUGCUACCAUUUAUGCAAGCAAACGAUGGACAUGGUACUAAGAAAUACAAGGAAGGAAUGACAAUACAAAAUUUGAGCAAAUCAAGGAAAAAAACAGCCUCUGGAAAAGUCAAGAAGAUUAAAAAGGCAGAUCGAAUGACCAAAUAUGUGAAUGUGGGACUUAAAAAAAUGUUGGAACUUAAGGAAGCUGUUCCUAAAGGAGCAAGAGUUACGGUUGACAUGAAAAAGCAUAUAGUCGUUUCACCAUAUGUGGCAUAUGGUACCUCCAGCACAAAUAACUCUUAUGGGUACCAGGUGAGAGUUGCAACCAGCUUGGAGGCUCUAUUAGGUCAAACUCCUUUUCCUGAUGGCUAUGACAUGAUUUUAUAUUCAUGCUGUGGUGAAUAUUUUGCAACGACUAAAUCAACGGAUUGGAACGAUGCGCUUUCUGCAUUAAGCAUAAAUGGUAAGAAUGAUAUGACUAAACUGGUUGGAAAUAUUCUUCUUAUCGUCAGUCCAGGAAAUGAUUGGAAUGCUAUCUUUAAUGAAAGUAAAUUGGACGGGAGGCUAAGGAUUUGUUUGAUGGUUCAAUUCCAAUUCCAACAAAGUCACGUGUUGAAGAUGGGUGCAUGA